UGCUCAGACAGUCAGAGAGGUGGAGGUAGAUAAAGUAACAAUGUUGGAAAGAAAGCAAGUGGAAGCAAUCAAGAAGCUCUGGGAAGACCCAGGAAUCCAAGAGUGCUAUGACAGACGGAGAGAAUACCAGCUCUCUGAUUCUGCUAAAUAUUACCUCACCGACAUUGAUCGUAUUGCUAUGCCAUCAUUUGUGCCAACUCAGCAAGAUGUUCUUCGUGUCAGAGUGCCAACCACUGGAAUUAUUGAGUACCCUUUUGAUUUAGAAAACAUCAUUUUUAGGAUGGUAGAUGUCGGUGGCCAGAGGUCUGAAAGGAGAAAGUGGAUUCACUGCUUUGAAAGUGUUACUUCCAUCAUUUUCUUAGUUGCAUUAAGUGAAUAUGACCAGGUCUUGGCUGAAUGCGAUAAUGAGAAUCGAAUGGAAGAAAGCAAGGCCUUAUUUAAAACUAUCAUCACAUAUCCCUGGUUUCUGAACUCUUCAGUCAUUUUGUUCUUAAACAAAAAAGAUCUUUUAGAAGAGAAAAUCAUGUACUCCCAUCUAAUCAGCUAUUUCCCAGAAUACACAGGACCUAAGCAAGAUGUCAAAGCUGCCAGAGACUUCAUUUUGAAGCUAUAUCAGGAUCAGAAUCCAGACAAAGAGAAAGUAAUCUACUCCCAUUUUACUUGUGCCACAGACACAGAGAAUAUACGCUUUGUCUUUGCAGCUGUCAAGGAUACCAUCCUACAGUUAAACCUGAGGGAGUUCAACCUAGUGUAAAGAAAAAAACACUGCUUAGGAUCAAGAGAGUAAUUUAUCCAGAUAGUGUAGCUCAUUAAAAAACAAAUUGUUUGCAGACUUUAACAAUCGCUACAAAAGACCAAGUAAUGCAGGUGCAUAGAUGGCUGUUGUCCUCUGAAAUAGCGUACUUACAGAAAUGGAGGCUUUUCUGUACAUUUGUUGACGUUGAAAUGUUUACGGAAACUAAUGGAUUAGUAGAACUUUAAGGAAAAAGGUCCAAAUUUGAUGGAUUUUUUUAAAACUAUAUAUUUUAAAAAUUGUUUUAAUUUCUCCUCUUGAUUUUGGUUUUGAGAUUUUUUUGGUGAAAACUAUGGUUUUAAGGGUAUUUAAGAAAAGAUAUUUGUAGAAUUAUAUGUGUCUAUUUCCCAUCUACCUGGCAUUUUUUUAGACUUUUUAAAAUGCAUUUGAUAACCAUUUACAAACAUGGUAUAGAUUUUAAUCAGAGAUGCCUUUAUAAAUUAUGAUAAAAUAAUAGUUUUAGGAUGCUAGAUACUUUAAGAUUCUUCUUAAGUUAGACUGAGCUAUUAAUAUUUUUAAUGAGUAUAAAGCUAUGUGGUAAUGUAAUACUUCAGCAUUUUUAUUAGAGGUAUUUUUGCUAGGCUGACAUGCCAAGCAUGUUAAGACUGUCUUUGAAACGUUACAGAAGAUUAAUUAUUGGUGUCCACGAGGCAAUAUUGCACAUGAGUCAAAAGUUUAAUUAUGAAGCACGUUGAUGACCUCUGCAAACAUGACAGGGUAACCUCUGAACCCAGUGGAUAUCCCAUGUAAUUUACUUAUCAGAUCAUCGUGGCUCACAAAGGGAAUUAUGGCUGCUUUUUCUUGAAUUGGAGAACUUUUAGGUUCUACUAUUAUCUAUCCCAGGACCCUCUAUCACAGGAAAAAUAGGGUGCUACUGAGGAACAGAGAGUGGUGUACUUCUUACCAGUACCUAAAGUGUUGCUCAAUCUAGUACUCAGGUUUAACAGUUAGGUGCAGGGAUGUUCCUUACCCACACAUGACUACUUUUCAGAAGAACUUCAUAUAAGGAGAUCAUUCCCAUCAUAUUAUGCAGCCAUGAGAGAAUCACUUAAAGAUUGCAUCAAAUAUAGCUGUACCAAUGCCUCACACUGUUUUAGGAAUGUAGGGACUUCUUGGAUAAUUGAUUUAAUCCUCUACAGUAUAACCCCUUCCACACACCACAGCCACAAAGCACCCUAUAACAAAACCCUAUGAUCUUUAGUACCAAGUAACCCUAUAUAAUGAUUCAAAGGAAAAAAAGAGGACCCUCCACUAAUGGAAGGGAAUUAGUUAAGUAAAGUAUGCCUUGAUGACUAAGAAUGGGACUGUGGCUCUAGGGAUAGAAACCUGACUCAGAAAGUGCUAAUUCAAAUAACUAGCAUGACUUUACUUUCACACCCAAGCCCAUAGAAUCUAGACUGAAGCACACCCUCAAAAAACAAAUGCAUCUCAAGAUGCCUAGGAUUUUGAAAUCCUUUUGUCCCAAUACAAUACAGUCCUAACACGCAACCUGCCUUGAGCAGUAGGAACCCAUGUCUUAUCAAGAAACGGGUCCUCAAUUUUCACCUCUGCCUCUAAAUACUGCACACAUUGUCAGUGAAGUCAAAAGACCCUAUGCCACUAGAAAAUGCCCACGUAUGCAGACAACCCCAUAUCAUGAUCAGGAUGUCUUUAAAAUCUGUCAUGGAUAUGCCAUAAGCCCCAUUGCUCAUGUUCUACUCUUCCAAAUACACAUUUAUACUAUCAUGCUGUCCCUUCUAUAACCCUAUGAAGCUGUCUUGUAACAACUCAGACUUCUUGUCCCCACUAUUUUAUUCACAAUGGGCAGCUCCUCUCCUCUACUUGUUAGAAACCUUUGUCUAAUUUUCCAAUUUAAAAGGUAUUCAUUACUGGCUUGCACCCACUAGAUUUUGUGUCAAUAUGGUUCUUUAAGUUAAACAGCUCUUCUCCCUCUCUGUUAUUCACUAUCUGAACAUGUUUAUAAAAAGCAUGCCAUCUCUUCCAUUGGCUAAGCUAAGUAAGCUAAGCUUUUCUGAGCUCCUCUUAUAAAUUCUUACAGUCACCCUAAUCUCCAUGUGAGUGCUGAACGACCCAAAUUCUAAGCCUUCCAUUUUUUUAAAACAACAUUUAGAUAUGCUAUAAUGUUGGGUAUAAAAGCAAGUGAUUUUUAUGUAUACAACAUGCUUAAGUGGGAAGGUUAUUAAUGAGCUACCAGCUAGUUCAAUUAUAGGCGCGUCGAGGCAAUUAAAAAAACCAAUGCAUAAAAAUGUCAUGUAAUCAAUACAUGGUAAAUGUAUAUAUGUAUUUCUAUACAUAAGCAGAACUGUUUUCUUGUAAAAUUUUCCUGUGUUUAAUAUGACAAAUAAUUAUUGUUAUACCUGAAAAAUGUAAAAACAGAAAACUUAAAGUUUUGGUUCAAUAUGAAAAUGUCAUUGUGUCUACAAAUUUCAGUUCUUUUUGCAAAAAAUCCUGUCUGCGUUUUUCUCACCCACACCUCCAGCAGUGGAA